ACUUCUUCCCUUGUACUAUUCAGAUAAUAGAAAAAUGGCCAGCGGGUUUACACCAGUUAAAAUCAUACUUCUGGUGACGCUUCUGCUUGCAGUAGUGCUGUCCAUUAUAUCCUUGUGUGUCCACGAUCUUGACUGGAGCAAAAGAAACACGAGAGGGCAAGUUUCGAUUGCGUUCAAUAUCAUUGGAUUGCUGCUUAUGGCUACAUCGGCAAUACUAUUCCUUAUUCAAUUCUUUGCCUGCCAGUCCAAAUACAAUCUGUUUAUGAUUCUGGUGGUCGUGUUCGCUGUAAUUGCUUUGAUUUCUUUCAGUAUUGCUACCGGAACAUAUUACCAUCCAAUCGUUCCAGUUUACGGGGCCUGGGUUUUGUCAGCCGUGUGGGACAGUGUUUUGGCAGUUGUGGUCGCAAUUAUCUUCUUGGUUAUGGGCAGCUAACGGAAUCCGUCUGUUCAGUUGACAUAAGCGAGGACUUGUGUGCUUUGGUUUAGAGAAGAGCAUAAAUGAAACCACAUUACCAUGUCCCCCAUACGUUUAUUGUGUAGAUCGGUCAGUCCAUCCCAAACUUACUGUGUGUCAUUUGGCCAUGGAUUUUCGUUGUCUCUGCCAAUAGAUUUCAUUUGAAUUAUGUUUCCCGCCUCAGAUUUAGCAGUGAACUUAAAUACACAGUACAAAU